GCCCUUUGGGACUCUGGGCUUUUGCAGAUCCAGUUCGCCCAAGCCUGAUUCCCCUCCCCCCCGCACCGGGGGCCACGUUGCGCUCCGGCCACUAUUUGGGAAACUCCCCGGCCAACCGGAAGCCCGGGGGCCGGCGUGGCCUUUGCAAACUCUCGGCUCCCCCCAGCCACUUCCUCCCUUCCGCCGCCCUCGGCUAGGGCAGGGCUGGCCGCGCACCGGGGGGGGCGCGCAAAAGCACCACGAUCCCAACCGCGGAGGGGCUUUCGGAUCGCUCCUCGGCCGGGCUAGAGUGAAGAUCUUCAUUCGGAGCCUCGGUAGGUUUUGCCCCGUGAAUUCCGACUGCCUUCCUUCCGCGACUCAGGGAGCCCCUCUCGCCAGGACAAUGUAUUGGCAGCUACUGACCUGGAUGCUUCUGGCAUCAUCGUUGGCUGGCGCCGUGGAAAUCCAAGUCCCCGACGACCCGGUGGUCACCCUCUUCGGUCACGACGCCACCUUGCGCUGCUCCUUCGCUCCCGACGGCAACUUCAGCCUGGCCGACCUCAGCCUCAUCUGGCAGCUGACGGACACCAAGCGCCUGGUGCACAAAUACGCCGACGGGCGGGACCAGCUGGCCAACCAGGGGAGGAGCUACGCCAACCGCACCGCCCUCUUCUACGACCAGCUGCCCGGGGGCAACGUCUCCCUCCUCCUGCGCCGCGUGCAGAUCGCGGACGAGGGGAGCUUCACCUGCUUUGUCCGAGUCCGUGACUAUAGCAGCGCGGCGGUGGCUCUUCAGGUGGCAGCUGUCUACUCCAAGCCCAACUUGAGCCUGGAGCCCAACAAGAACUUGAAGCCGGGAGACCCGGUCACCGUGACGUGCCACGCCUUUCGGGAUUACCCGAAGCCCGCACUGAUGCUGUGGCCGGGGCGGCGGGGAGCAACACCUCGCGGGAGAGCGAUCACCACCCACCGCCAGGUGGCCAACGAGGAGGGCCUCUUCGACGUGCAGAGCGUCCUCCAGGUGGUGCUGGAGCCACAGAGCACCUACAGCUGCCUGGUGAAGAACCCGCUGUUGGACCAGGAGACCCACACGUCCAUCACGGUCACAGCCCAACACCUCGUGUUUCCAGCUGUAGCUCUCUGGGUGAGUGUGGGACUGGCCGUCUGCCUCCUCGCCCUGUUGGGCGCCUUGGCCUACGUGUGUCAGAAGAAAAUCCGCCAGAGUUGCAAAGAAGAGAGAGAGAAUGCCGGAAUCGAAGAACAAGAGGAUGGAGAAGGGCCCAAGACAGCUCUGCAGCCUCUGAAGAACUUGGAAAUCAAAGAAGACAUGGGGGAAGAAAUCGACUGACCUGGACGGAAGGAGAUGCGCGAACCACGCUCUGGAGUUCACAGACUGUGUCCCCUUCGGGCCCGUCUUCGUUGAUGGAAUGGGGAAGCCGGGGGGCAAAACCAGGAACGCCGUCUGCAGCCUGGUACCAUUUGGCUGCA